ACUUCUAAACAAACAACAGAGAGUCAGCUGUUGGCAGACGACACACCAUGGCCGCCACGCUCCGACAGACGCCGCUUACCUGUAGUGGACACACACGACCAGUUGUCCACUUGGCCUUCUCCCAGCUUUGCCCUGAUGGAUAUUUUCUUAUCUCAGCAAGUAAAGAUGGGAAGCCAAUGCUACGACAGGGCAACACUGGUGACUGGAUUGGAACAUUUGAGGGCCAUAAGGGAGCAGUGUGGGGAGUAGCCCUUAAUGCGGAUGCGUCACGAGCGGCCACAGCAGCAGCCGACUUCACAGCCAAGGUGUGGGAUGCUGUAGCUGGUGAGGAGUUACACUCUUUCUCACACUCCCACAUUGUCAAAACUGUUGCAUAUUCCCCAAACUCGACCGAACUCCUUACCGGCUCCCAUGAAAAACUUCUCAAAAUAUUCGACCUGGGAAAACCAGAAGCAGAACCUCAGGUGUAUGCGGGUCAUACUGCAGGCCUAAAACAUGUACUUUUCAUGAAUGAUGGAAAACAGAUGCUGAGCUGUGCCGAAGAUAAAACUAUCCGUGUUUGGGAUAAAGCAGCUGGCCUGGAGACUCAGAAGCUAGAGGUAGCACAUAACCCAACAAGCAUGGAACUUAGUGCCGAUGGCAAAACCUUGACAGUAGCAUAUGGCUCAAAGGUUGCUUUCCUCAAUCCAGAGACGCUUGAGCUUCAACGUGAAGUGACAGUACCAACAGCAGUGUACUCGGCCUCUCUCCAUCCAGAUCGCUCAGUUUUCAUCUGCGGUGGAGAGGACUUUAAGAUGUACAAAUUUGACUACAAUACUAAUGUGGAGAUUGAGUCUUUCAAAGGUCAUUUUGGCCCAGUCCAUUCUGUUAGAUUCAGUCCUGAUGGUGAACUUUAUGCCUCUGGAAGUGAAGAUGGCACUUUGCGAUUGUGGCAGACAACCGUAGGCAAGACAUACGGUCUUUGGAAGUGUAUAGAUGCUGCUAAUGAAAAUAAUAUCCCAAUUAAGCCAGAAGCUACUGCUUAAGUCUGAGAAGCUUAAAUUUUUGACUCGUGUAACGACAUUUCUCGGUUACAUUUGUAAGUACAGUAGUUUUAAUUUUCAGUGCGCUCUAAAUAUUAUAUAUUUUAUAUUAAAUGCCCAUUUUUUAUUAAAGUUAUUCAGCCUUAUUAUCAUGUUAACUUAAACCUAUAAGAGUAUUGGGAUGUUGUUGUUGAAUGUUAUAAAUUAACAUAAGAGUAUUAUUUUUCUAUUGUAAAAAUAUUGAAUACAAAUGGCAGUUGCUUACAGUAAUGUGCUCAUCUUUGUGGGAUUUUGUUAGCUACAGUCCUCAGAAAGUUAACUGCAGACUUGUAAAUAAGCUUUAUUUUAUCAGUAUUCAGGUUGAAAAAUAACUUUUCUUUGCUUACAAUUGGGCUCCCAACAUCUUAAAUAUUACUGUUGUCUGCAUUUCAUGUUUUAUAUCAUAAAAAUGAAAUUAUUGUCUCCAUGAUUUUCUUAGCAUUUACAGGUGUUAAUUUUCAAAUUGGUGCCUUAGAAACAUAACGAAUAAUAUUUAGUUUCUCUCAUUAUGGUUAAGUAUUGUAAUAUUAAUUUUCUUACCACUUUUGGUAUAUUUUUAAUGAAAUAAUAUAUUAUCCUGAUGAUUUUAGAUUUAUGUUGGUAUGAUGUACAAGUGGAUAUUCUUUAACCAACUUAUAAUAUGUUUUGAGGAAGCCUUUGUACUUCAGGUGUUGGGUUAAGUAUUUCAGAUUAGUAUUGUUGGGACCUCCAGGUAGAGAAAUUGGACCCUUAGCUUAGCGGAAUCUCAAAGAUGUAAAACAUUCCUGUAUCCAUGGAUUUUUUUUUUUUUUUGUUCUUUUUUUAAAGUCCUGUGCUACCCAGUCUGUUGCUGUUAUCAGCCUGCUAGUCAACUGGUGGUAGUUUCAGAUAUGUUUUUACAAGAAUAAAAGAAAAUUUACAAAA